GAGAUGGAUAACGGACAAAAAGAGGAGCUAAUAGUAGUGUCUCAAUGGCCUUUGCAUGCGGAAUAUUUCGGAUUUUCUGAUUUCACAAUGGGGCUAAAUCAGUUGCACAACGAAGAUGAGUCGCUACUUCCCCCAACAGACAGUCGAUUUCGACCUGAUGUCAGACAUCUAGAGAAUGGCGAUUUGGAAAAAGCAGUUGCUUAUAAGCAAGGACUUGAAAAGGAACAACGAGCAAGAGCAAUCAAUGAAGCAACACAUAAACCAUUAUGGUUUGAAGAGAAAGAAGAUGCGUUCACCAAGAAGAAUAUUUUUUUUACUAAUGGAAAAUAUUGGGAAGCAAGACAAUCUCGAUUUGAAAAGCAAAAGAAGGAAAAUGCGUUUAUACCUAUAUUUAAAGUAACAAUUAACACAUAG